UGUGUGUUCCGUUUGGGCGGAGGUGGAGUGAGAAUGUACCGCUGUGCCUAGCUCCAGUUCUCCCUGACAUGUAAACUACAAGAAGGCAGCCAGAUCUCUUGCUUCUCUCUGCGCAGUAUGGACUCCGGCUGUGGAUCUCAAUCGCCUUUCUCCGCCUCUGCACAGUGUGCCAUGUGCUCUGACCUGUGGCAGGUCAGAGCCGGCGCAUAGGAGCGCAUAAAUACACCUAUCGCGGAGAAUGGGACUCUGCUCAGCGAAGAAUUGGGAUGGUCCCAGUCUGAGUCGCGGAGGAGUCUCCUAGAAACAUUUAGCUUCUCUCCUACCGAGCCGGCGCCUUGCCCGGGGCGCACCGGGAGGAGGGACCAGGAUUCGGUGCCCGGGCGCAGAUACUGACACCAAGGGAAUCCGAGUGCCCCUCCCCACGCCAUGUGGGCCCCCGGGAACCCAGCUCCGCCACCCAGGCUGCCCCAUGGCCCUGGCCUCAGUCCUGGCCCGGCGGAGAUCCUGCGGAAAUUCAGGUCCCAAACGCAAGCUGCUUCCCUCCCCCCAUUCAAUUUUUGGGGCUGUGGCAACCUAAAAGAGGGUUUGACUUCGCCACUGAGCCCUCAGGCCUCCGCCAGCCACCACCCCCACGCCCCUAGACAUCCUCGGCGGGCCCCAGUCCCGGCUCCAUUGGUGCUCUCGCCCCUGCCGCAGCUAUGCUGCACACCGAGGGCCACGCUCUUCUUCGGGCCGUGGGUCAGGGUAAGCUACGCUUGGCCCGUUUGCUUCUGGAGGGAGGCGCCUACGUGAAUGAGGGUGAUGCCCAGGGGGAGACUGCACUAAUGGCGGCCUGUCGGGCCCGUUACGACGACCCCCAGAACAAGGCGCGCAUGGUUCGCUACCUCCUGGAGCAAGGUGCGGACCCCAACAUCGCAGACCGCCUGGGGCGCACCGCGCUGAUGCACGCUUGCGCCGGGGGUGGGGGCGCCGCCGUGGCCUCGCUGCUCCUUGCCCACGGUGCAGACCCCUCUGUGCGAGAUCACGCGGGCGCCUCGGCGCUUGUUCACGCCCUGGACCGUGGGGACCGCGAGACUCUUGCCACGCUGCUGGACGCCUGUAAGGCCAAGGGCACCGAGGUCAUCAUCAUCACCACCGACACCUCGCCCUCGGGAACCAAGAAGACACGGCAGUAUCUCAAUUCCCCACCGUCCCCGGGGGUGGAGGACCCUGCUCCCGCUCCUCCUAGCCCCGGGGUCUGCACGUCGCCUUCCGAAAUCCAACUGCAGACUGCAGGAGGAGGAGGAGGAGGGGGAGGGGGAGGAGAAGGAGGAGGAGGAGGAGGAGGACGGGGGUUGCUAUCCCCUCGCGCUCAGGAAGAAGAGGAGAAGCGGGACGUAUUCGAAUUCCCUCUUCCUAAGCCCCCUGAUGACUCCUCCCCUUCUGAGCCGCUCCCCAAGCCACCCCGUCACCCUCCAAAACCACUCAAAAGGCUCAACUCCGAGCCCUGGGGCCUAGUGGCCCCUCCUCAACCAGUCCCACCCGCGGAAGGGAGGCCGGGGAUCGAGCGCCUGACUGCGGAAUUCAACGGCCUGACCCUGACCGGUCGACCCCGUCUUUCCAGGCGUCACAGCACUGAAGGUCCGGAGGAUCCGCCCCCGUGGGCGGAGAAAGUGACGGGUGGGGGUCCUCUCUCUCGCCGAAACACUGCGCCAGAAGCUCAGGAGUCUGGUCCGCCGUCAGGGCUGAGGCAGAAACUGAGCCGCAUGGAGUCGGUGGAGCUCGAUACCCCCGGAAGUAUUUGCCCCGACUCGCCGGAGUGCAGCCGCUUGUCCCUGGAGCGCCGCCGAUACAGCGCCUCCCCGCUGACCCUCCCUCCAGCCGGCUCGGCUCCCUCCCCGCGCCAGUCCCAGGAGAGUCUGCCCGGGGCUGUAUCUCCGCUGAGCGGACGGAGGCGGAGUCCCGGGCUGCUGGAGCGGAGGGGCUCGGGGACGUUGCUCCUGGACCACAUCGCGCAAACGCGGCCUGGUUUCCUGCCUCCGCUCAACGUCAGCCCCCACCCUCCCAUCCCCGAUAUUCGCCCCCAGCCCGGAGGUCGGGCGCCUUCGCUGCCCGCCCCUCCCCAGGCGGGGGCGCCAGGCUCUCCUAGGACCAAACGCAAGUUGGUGAGGCGCCACUCAAUGCAGACUGAGCAGAUCCGCCUGCUAGGGGGCUUCCAGAGUCUAGGCGGGCCAGGGGAGCCAGGGCGCUGAGAUGAGUGAGAGGAACCAAGGAGGGUAGGGAUCAGGACCUUGAUGGGACAGGUGGGAGAACCAACUCACACACACACCACGGACAUAGGGGUCUUUUGCAUGUGCUGUUGGGCACGGUGCACGCACACAUGAGUAAAAAAAGUGUCCACAAGCACAGUACUCUUAUUCGCAGUGAAGGGUAAGUACUCUCUUUACUGGGCAUAGACACAUGCAUUCAUGUCCUGGUCACUUCACAUGCAUAUGGGAAUACUUGUGUACCCAGCCAUAGAAAUGGCACACACAGGGCCACUUGUGCUAGGGCCCCAAGUGGGUCCCAAAGUCACUUGCAUUCGUUCAGAAGCAGUAAGAAAACCCUACUUACGGUUAGUCUCCAAUCUCUUUGCCCUUUUGCAGAGGCAAUUCCCUGCUUUCCAUGUUAAGCCCUGCAACAGCCCGUUCAUGACUUUGCACACUCUACCCUCUUCCUGGAUAUCCCAUCCCGUUGUGUAGGUCUUGCUUCUCUCUCCAGGCCUGGCUCCUUGUUCACAUCCUGCUUCCAGCCCUAACCACUUUUCAGGAUAUCUUCUUCACCCUCCUUGGGAUUUUCCUGCAGCAAUCCUCAGCCUCAGUUCUGCUGCUGCCCUUCCGGCUCUCAGCUUUACUUCUCAACUUCCUGCUUUUUAUUCUCACCUUGUUCCCCCAACCAACACAGCAGGUUGUCUCAUUUUCCCAAGGAGUGGGUCAUGGGCUCUAUGCUGCUCUUCUGUCUGAGCUUAUGAACACCCCCACAGGUAGAAGUGGGGAGUAACCCUAAAUCACUCCUCUCUCCACUUGACAUAUCAAAUAAAUGUGUUCAGAAGUC